AUGAUAAAAAACACAACUAUCAGUUCCAGUCAAUUCAAUUUUAGGGAAGAGGAAGUGCAAAACUUUACUCGUCCUGAUGGUGCAAAUAUUGUGUGCAAUGCAGAGACUGUCUUAUCAAGAAACAAUUAUAAAAAACCCUCAAAAUAUUUUCUUAAAUUGUUGGAGUAUACUAGUAUGAUUGCAAUACCAAUUUUAUUGCUCUAUUUCACAAGUAUUCGAUUUACUAUUCUUGGUAUUGUUAUUAUGGCUAUAUUCCAAGGAAUAUUAUUAUAUAGAGAUUAUUUAAGGCAAUAUUUUAGUGAUAUAUGA